GAGGCCACAGUCCGGCUGCUUCUCGACCGAGUUAUCAAUAUCGAAGCUCAAACACGCGCUGGUCAGACGGCAUUGCACUUGGCGGUACAGAAUGAAGAGGCCAUAGUAAAGUUGCUUCUGGACUGCGGCGCCAACAUCGAGGCCAAAGACAAUGACGGCCAGACGGCGCUGCACCUUGCGAUUUGGGAAGGAAACGAGGAUACGGCCCGGCUGCUUCUUGAUCGAGGCGCCAAUAUUGAGGCCCAAGACAAUGCUGGGUUUACAGCGUUGCACCUUGCGACAGACCAUGAUGAAGAGGCCACAGUCCGGCUGCUUCUAGACCGCAUGGCAAACAUCGAAGCGAAAAAUAAAUUUGGGUGGACGCCGUUAUUUUUGGCAGUCUUGAAUGGAAAUAAGGCCGUUGUCGAGCUGCUUCUCUUUCGGGGCGCAAACACUGAGGCCCAGGCGAAUGACGGGCAAGUCGCAUUGCACUCGGCAGCGAGGCCAUAGUCCUGCUACUUCUGGACCGGGGCGCUAACAUUACAGCCAAUAACAUUGACGAGUGUACGGCGUUGCAUUUAGCUACACAGAAUGGCAAACAGGCCAUAGUCCAGCUGCUUUCGAACCGGGGCGCCACAAUCAGGAGGUGGGGAUGAGAGGGAUUUGUGAAGCACCGUCUACCAUAUGUUUCUUCCUCUCAAAAGACGGUAGUUGUUAAGACAACUACGCCAGUUAUCGGUUUGAUGCACACAAAGACGCGGUUCCUGCCUACGGCUGAUUUCUUUGAUCUAUCUAUUGUUCAAUUGUUUCGCUCGGGCCGCAUCGUAUUUUGGUAUCAUCUGGCGUUUUGGGAUCUGGAGUAGGCAACCCGGUUAUUCGGU